CCUACGCCUCGUCUGUGGUACAAUAGAACGCAGUUAUUGUGAACAGUUGUGAAAGUGUUUCCUGCCGCAGUUCUUUUCCGCAAAUAUCGUGCGAGGUAGUUUGAAGUUUCAACGGUAAUUCACGGAAGAGCGGUGAUUCGUGCGGUGAUUCGAUAUUUCAGCGGAUACGAGAUCAUCCAAGUGAUAAUCGAGGUCGAAAUUUCAGAUCUUCUGGAAUCUGAGAACAAAGGGGCCAACACGGAGCGAUAUAUUUUACGAUGAAUUAUGCAACUUCCUUAGACACGUUAAGAGCGAAUGUUUCAGGUUCCCGGUGAAAAUCGCUUGCGUAGUCCACGAGUACGAGUGGGUAGGCGAGGGAAGCCGAGAAAAUCCGAGGAGAGCCGAUAGCAGCCGAGGACAGCCGAGCAACACUAAAUCAUAUUCGACGCUUCGCGAUGAAGAGAUAGAUGUGCGCGUCGCUCGCAGUACGGAGUGUUGGGCGCAAGGUGAACCACGCACCGUUCGUCGCUUUUACGUCUUGUUGAUUGAUGGUCGCGAAGGAAAGUACGGAAGAAUACAUUGCUCACACGUGCGUAUGCAAUGAGUAAUAUCAAGAAUCGUCCGUCGUAACAUUGGAUCCGACCCGGAAUAAAAGAAAGGGAACGUCGAACGCCAACCUGCCCCGCUUGGUCACUGGUCAGCGUCGUUUGUAACGCGCUAUGCGUUGGUUAGAUGUGUCGCCUCGAGGUCACAGUCGGACUUUGACAGAAGCCAGAAUGUCGCGUGUGAACACAAUGCUGUUAGCGCUGAGUGUCUGUUGGCUGAUAACGGCUGUAUCGGCAGCCAGUGAGGGUCAUUGUAUCUGGUAUGGAGAGUGUUACAACGAUGGACAUAAAAAGAAUUGUCCAUAUACCGGACCAGCCAAACCAUUGGACUUUGAAGGACAAAAAUUACUUGCUAAGAAUUGUCCACAUUUGGUCCAAGAUUCUGGAAAUGGAAUCAAUACCUGUUGUAAUACAACACAACUACAAACUAUGGACUCUAAUGUUAAAUUAGCAGCCAAUUUUAUAAGCAGAUGUCCCAGCUGCUUAGACAAUUUAGUAAAGCAUUUUUGUGAAUUCACUUGUAGUCCGAUUCAGAGUACAUUCAUUAAUGUUACAGAGAUUCUAAAGAAAGAUGAUAUUGAAUAUAUUAAUAUGAUAGAUGUUUACAUAACAAAUAAAUAUCUAGAGGGCACGUUUAACUCCUGCAGCAAAGUGUCAGUACCCAGUUCUGGAAACUUAGCUCUGGAUAUAAUGUGUGGAGAAUGGGGUGCUAGUAGAUGUACACCAUUAAAAUGGUUCUUCUACAUGGGCGAUGCAGCUCAUAACUAUUACGUUCCCUUCCAAAUAACGUAUAAAAACACCGACACUCCGAUUGGUCCUUUUACACCUGUAGAUCCUAAAGUUACCCCAUGCAACAAGGCAUUGAACAAAAAUGAACCAGCCUGCAGUUGCUUGGAUUGUGAGGAAAGUUGUCCGGUGCCACCACCGAUGCCUCCUCUGCCAAAUCCUUUUACUAUGUACGGGUAUGAUGGCUACGCGGUGACAAUGAUAAUUGUCUAUAUUUGUGGUUCGGUCCUCUUCAUGCUCUCCAUAGUGUGCUUCAGUAAUAGAAAACAAAUUGUCACACGAGGGGAGGAAGUAGGAAGGCAGGUGGGUAGACGCCUAGCCGCAGGGUUACAUCACCCAGGAGAUGGUGCUCGUAUUGCUCUCGCCGCAGACCAGGAAGACAGCCCACUACAAUCUAAGCGUUCCAGUGUGAUAUCUGCAGAUGAUUUGCCGAGCGGAUUCGACGACGAACAACGGUCGACCUUUAUCGAAAGAUUAGGCGCAGGUACCGAUAAACUAUUGGCAGAGUUCUUUUGCUGGUGGGGCACAGCGUGUGCUUCGCGACCAUGGUUCGUGCUAUUCGUUGGUUUCUUAUUUAUUGUUGGCAUGGGGCACGGUAUAAAAUACAUUCACGUGACCACUGAUCCCGUUGAAUUAUGGGCUGCGCCUCUAUCUCGCUCCCGAAUCGAAAGGGAAUACUUUGAUCAACAUUUUGAACCAUUCUAUAGGAACGAACAGAUCAUUAUCACUUCCAAAGGUUUGCCCAGUAUAGUUCAUGAGACGACGAACGGUCCAAUAACAUUUGGCCCAGUGUUCAACGACAAUUUCUUGAGAACGAUAUAUCAACUGCAAGAAAAGAUGAAGCAGAUCGUUACUCCAAACAAUUACACUUUAGCAGAUAUUUGUUUCGCGCCAUUAACAAGUCCGUUCACAGGACCACCAACAGUCUCGGAAUGCGUCAUUCAAAGCAUAUGGGGAUACUAUCAAGACAGCAUGGCGACCUUCAAUGCUACUUCCAUCGAGGACAAUUAUACAGUGAAUUACUUAGAUCAUUUCGGAGCUUGCACACAAAACCCGUUUAAUCCCAACUGUUUGGCUCCAUACGGUGGCCCUAUAGAACCGGCAAUCGCGGUCGGGGGUUUCUUGAAGCCAGGCGAAGAUCUUCACCAUCCCUCUUACGAGAAGGCGACAGCUAUCAUUUUGACGCUUUUGGUAAAUAAUUAUCACGACAAAUCGAAACUUGUUCCUGCCAUGGAAUGGGAAAAGAGUUACGUUGAGUUCAUGAAAAAUUGGACAGCAACGGAGAAGCCGGAUUUCAUGGACGUUGCGUUCACGUCGGAACGGUCGAUCGAGGAUGAGCUGAAUCGUGAAUCGCAAUCCGACGUUCUAACUAUCCUCGUGUCAUACGUUAUCAUGUUUGCGUACAUUGCGAUUUCGCUGGGUCAAAUGAAGACCUGUAGUCGACUUCUGAUCGACUCUAAAAUUACACUCGGCCUCGGCGGCGUGUUGAUCGUGUUGGCUUCUGUCGUCUGUUCCGUGGGUUUAUUUGGCUUCGUCGGCAUACCCGCUACGCUCAUUAUUAUUGAAGUCAUACCAUUCCUCGUCCUUGCUGUCGGCGUGGACAACAUUUUCAUUCUAGUCCAGACCCAUCAAAGAGAAGGUCGUCGACCAAAUGAGUCGAUAUCGGAGCACAUUGGUCGUACUCUCGGCCAAGUGGGACCGAGCAUGUUACUCACCAGCGUGUCCGAGAGCUGUUGCUUCUUCCUAGGUGGUUUAUCCGACAUGCCUGCGGUCAGAGCUUUCGCUCUUUACGCUGGCAUGGCGUUGUUGGUGGAUUUUCUAUUGCAAGUAACUUGCUUCGUCAGUUUAUUGGCCUUGGACACUAUUCGUCAAGCAAAUAAUAGACUGGAUGUGUGCUGCUUCAUACACGGCUCGAAGAAAGACACCGGCGAUGAAGUAAUUAACGGGAUUUUGUACAAGCUUUUCAAAGUAGCCUACGUACCGUUAUUGUUGAAGAAAUGGGUGCGCGCGGUCGUCAUGCUAGUCUUCUUUGGCUGGCUCUGUUCGAGUAUAGCUGUCGUCCCGCACAUCGAGAUUGGUCUAGACCAAGAAUUGUCUAUGCCUGAAGAUAGCUUCGUUUUAAAAUAUUUUAAAUUUUUAAAUAGCUAUUUAUCGAUUGGACCACCGAUGUACUUUGUCGUAAAAGAUGGCCUAAACUAUUCCGAUCCGAGGCAUCAGAAUCUUGUGUGCGGCGGUCAGUAUUGCAACAGUGAUUCGGUUUCCACGCAAAUAUUCAUAGCGUCGCAUCAGUCGAAUAGGACAUACAUAGCAAAACCGGCGGCAUCGUGGCUGGACGAUUAUAUAGACUGGACUCAAUUUCCUUCUUGUUGUAAAUAUUUUGUCGGGAAUAACUCCUUCUGUCCACAUGCGGAGUUUUCGAACCGGUGUACCACGUGCAACAUCAGCGCAGUGGACGGCCGACCAACGCCGAUGGAAUUCGAGAAAUACGUGUCCUUCUUCAUGCAAGACAACCCUGACGAGAAUUGCGCGAAAGCAGGCCACGCCGCUUACGGCCACGGCGUGGAUUACACAACCAAUCUGAAGACUGGCUUAUCGCAAGUUGGGGCGUCCUACUUCAUGACUUACCAUACGAUUUUGAAAUCUUCGGCCGAUUAUUAUGAAUCGAUGAGGGCCGCCAGAGCGGUGUCUGCGAACAUUACGGACAUGCUCAACAGCCACCUAAUUAGCUACGGUGAAACCGGCGGUGUCGAAGUUUUCCCGUACAGCGUGUUCUACGUUUUCUACGAACAAUAUUUGACGAUGUGGCCAGACACGCUGCACAGCAUAGGCAUAUCUCUGUUCGCCAUUUUCGUGGUGACUUUCCUCUUAAUGGGUCUGGACAUAUUCUCCUCUGUGGUGGUUAUAAUAACCAUCACGAUGAUCGUCGUCAAUAUCGGCGGCUUAAUGUACUGGUGGCACAUUACAUUGAACGCUGUGUCCUUGGUUAAUCUCGUUAUGGCUGUAGGAAUCGCUGUUGAAUUUUGCAGUCAUCUAGUGCACUCGUUCUCGGUAUCUGUGAAGACUACGAGAGUUGAACGAGUAGCUGACGCGUUGACCAACAUGGGAAGCUCCAUAUUCAGCGGCAUCACGCUCACCAAGUUCGGCGGAAUCGUGGUACUUGGAUUCGCCAAAAGUCAGAUCUUCAAGGUCUUUUAUUUCCGAAUGUACCUGGGCAUCGUACUGUUCGGAGCCGCGCACGGCUUAAUAUUCUUGCCAGUGUUACUCAGCUAUAUCGGCGUGAUGUCGCGCCGGGGGCGCAACAGGGCCCGUUACCGCGCUAGCAGGGCCCGAAACGAAUUUAGAAGUGAAGAACACGGGCCUCACUCUCCUCUACUCCAAGAUGACAACAAUCAGUUCCCAACCACUUCCUACGCCAGUGUGAACUACAUAGACGCGGCGGAUUAUCGUGUGACGUUUUAACAUUAACUGUCAGAAUGAUAAGAACUUUUCUAUUUUAGGGAGACUGACGAAUAUAUCAAUUCUCAUCGGGCACACAUACACUCACUCACACAUAUACACAAAUAGACACAUACACGUGAUGCAUUGUAAUUCCAAACGCCAACGACGAGAAAUUUAUUUUUCUUCUGUACGUGAAUUCAGGAACGGGUUGUACGAUUCGCCGUUUAGAAACGAUACGCAGAGUAAUUACUGAAAUCGACGCUGAAUUGACGAAGUUCGUGUCUGGUAUUUUCUUGUAACUAGGAAGAAGGAAUUUUGUAUAUUAUUAUUAUUAUUAUUAUUAUUAUUAUUAUUAUUAUUAUUACGAUUACCGUAAGAUUGCGACUAUACACACAUCUAUAUACAUAUAUAUAUUUAUAUAUAUAUACAUAUACAUAUGCAUAUACAUAUACAUAAAUAUUUAGGGUAUUUAUUGUUUGUGGAAGAACAGCCUCUUAAUUACCGCGUUACUUUUUAUAGCUCAGAAGCUUUAUCGAUUUUUCUAUUCGUGUAACCAUUCAUUCGGGGUAUAAACUCUUUCUUUUAGUUAUCAGCGAACUCAGCGAUUCGCUUUUCCGGUAUUUUUUGUUUUUAUUUUUGUUUUGCGAAGAGUGCGUUGAACUGUGGUGUAUCGCUUUCGGUGACCCGCGAAAGAAAGUAACAAGGAAAAAUGUAUUUGCAUUUCUGUCGUGCUUUAUCCGACGCGCGUGCAUUUUCUUUUAUCGUCGUGUAGGUAGAGAACGACGGUCCCUCCGACACGAAUCGUGUAACGCCUUAAUGAUUUUCAUUCGUCGUCCGAGCGACCAAAACGAUCGAACCGAACCGAAUCUUCGCCGUGUAUCAUUGUCGUCAGCGUUCGUCCUCCGGCUUUGCGACCAAAGUUCCGAAAUCUCCAACCACAGUUUCGAUCGAGCGUUAACCGUCCUUAGUCGAGAUUAAGCAAUAAAACACAUAUGGAAACUGCUCGAGAGAUCUGCCACGCUCGGAACCGACCUCGCAAAGAACACGAGAAUAUAUCCGCCACGUGCUUUAUGUUUUCUCCGCGAUGUGAUAACAUUCAAAGAAACAUUGUUCUUCGAGAUGCCGGACUUCGAUAAGCUACGUUUUCUAUCGACGUUCCGUUAUUACCCAACACAGGCGUAAUGGCGUUCUAAUUAUCCGGGAUACGAGAGUUCAGUUGUUCGCGAGUGUGUUCAAGAAGCAAAGGUGUAGAUAGAGAGGAAGAACAUUGUAGCAAAAACAAAAAAGAAAAAAAAAUAGGAGAGAGACGCGAGUCGUUGCUUGGUGUCUGUGUACGUUUGUUAAAAGAAAGUACGCCCGAGUUGUUCAACGGGCGGAGGAUACGUGGAGAAGGUAGUUAGCCGAAUUACUGAAAGUGAUUAUAAACCUAGAGGCGUGUAGCUGUUUUUUCUAGAGUUCCGUUGCGUGCUUUGUCGGUGUGAAUUGUCUCGUAAAAGAAGCGUAGGCGCUUCUGCUCGGUGUCUGCGACGAUCGAUUAUCUGACAUCAGUAUUCCUCAUUGUGUCCUGUCUUUUAGGCGUGUUAUAUCGACGGCGGCGGCGACGACGACGAGUUCGAAACUCGCGUCACCCGUGUUUAUUCCCUCGUGGUGUUAAAUUCAUUUGUAUACAAAGAACGAUUUUUAUACUGACCGCGGAUAGAACAAACAAACGAAAAAAACAAAAUCAAGCCGCAGGAGUGGAAAAAAAAAGAAAACGUAAUUUCUAGACUAAAAGUAAUUCGCCCGCGAUCGAACGAAGAUUGUUCCUCUGUCCGACGCUCGCGGCCACGAGCGCGGAUCCACCAUUGUUAUUCGAACGGUCCCCAAAAAAACACAAGUAUGUUUCCGCAUGUAUGCGAAUGAGUAAAAGUAUGAAACAAACAAUUGUAUAAAUGUGUUGUGCACACACACACACGGAGAGAGACACACACAUACAUACACACACACACACGGGAUGCGUUUAUUCGGAUUGAUUCGCGUCACGGCGAUGCAACGUGCGAAACUGUGUUUACUUGUAGACUGCAUAUCAGAGUAGAAAUUCUCAGUAUUAAAUUCUCGAGACAAGGGAGCAGAGCACGGCGAUACUACCAAAGAGGUGUCCGAGCAACGCAAAUCCGUGUUAAACACGUGAAAUUUACGAAUAAACGUUUUUUUCUGUUUGUACGA